CAAAUUUCUAGCGGUGAUCGUAGUGGCAGCGGGGGAGGGCUUCAAAGUCGCGGCCCUGCUCAGCGGAACAGAGCACAGCAGUCACCAUGAGCCUCCAUUUGCCCGCAAGACGGGCUAUACAGGCUGCUGCCUCAACACCCCUCAGACCGAUAGCGGCCGCGGCAUUAUGCGGGCCGAUGCAGUCCGUCUCCCUCGGGGCCGCUGCACCCACAACCCUCCAGCUCACGCAGAGCCGCACCUUCCUGGGCUGGCUGCGCGGGAAGAAGAAGAAGGAUGAGCGCGACGUGGCCAAGGAGGUGAUACCGACGGACAACGAUGCCGACAUGAUGCGCAAAAAGCUCUCGACCCCCAAGAUGGACGGCUCCAUCUUCUCGGACGAGCUCGGCAGCGGCGGCGACCGGGAGGUGGCGACCGGCGACGCCGCUGCUGCUGCCCUCGCCGGCGACGGCGACGUCAAGCUGCGCAGCGGCGGCUCCAAGUCGCCCGAGGCACUGCUGCGGGCCGUGGACCCGGACCCGCGCAGCCGCGAGCGCUGGCAGCGCAAGAUGGUGGCGCGCAUGGUGGCGCGGCGGCUGGACCCGUGGGACCGCGAGACGCGCGCCGAGCGCAUCGCCCGCACGGAGCGGCAGCACGUCCACCGCAGCCCGCUGCUCAUCACGUCGACCAAGAAGCUCGUCCACAUCGCCCGCCAGGUCGCCGGCAAGCCCCUGGACGAGGCCGCCGUGCAGAUGCGCUUCAGCAGGAAGAAGUUCGCAAAGGAGGUCGGCGUCCAGAUCGACGCCGCCCGCGACGAGGCCGCCGUCAUCGCCGGCAUGGGCCUGUCCGCCCCCGGUAAGAAGCCCGAGGAUGGGGCCGAGGCCUUCAAGCCCGUCAGGUUCAAGAACAAGGACGGCAAGUGGGUCACGGUCGACGACCCGAGCAGGCUCUACAUCGACCAGGCGUGGGUGAACAGGGGACCUUUCAUCUUCAAGGGCUUCCAUUACUCUGGACGCGGAAGGUCUAAUGCUAUGUGGACACGCACAUCAAACAUCAACUUUAUUGUCAAGGAGGAGAAGACGCGGGUAAGGGAAAACGAGGAGAGGGAAGCCAAGAAGGCUCGGCGCAAACCCUGGGUUCACCUGCCGAAUCGCCCCGUUACCGCACAGAGGCAACACUAUUCGUGGUAGAUCCAACUCAAAACCUUGUGAUGUAGACACGGCACAUGGUGGUACCGGUAUCGGUUCGUUGCAGGAACUUGAUAUGUAUGCUGCACGAGGAAAGAAAGGACAUCGUGUGUGGUGCGGACGAAUAGUUCUCAGCACACUGUAACAAUAUGAAUAUCAAUAACCGAGAGAAAACCUCGUCCAAUACUACCAGCAAAAGGGAUGAGAUUUAUCAACGCAUGUGCACUGAGCAAGAAGUCACUAUGUAAUGUGGCAUUUUAUUACCCACAGCAAGGAGAUUUGAGAUUACAGGCGCCCAAAAUGUGCCAAAAGAGAAACACCAUUCUCGUCAGUGUCCGAAGAAAGCAAUGCUAGG